AUGCCAAUUUAUGAAGUCACUGGAAACGCUCAAAGUCGUUUCGUUCAAGCUGCAGCCCUACUUCACCUGCUUGACCCAGUCCGUGGCGAACCGACAGCAUAUGGCCUCGAUCAAGAUUCAAACACACUUGAACAGAAUCGGGAGCGGCUCUUGAAACGGAAGUUUCUCGAUUCUUUCGCCCUGAUCUACGCAAAGAAGAAAGAUAGUGACACGGUGUCUGCGGCUUGUUUAGAGGAAGGCUUUCCAGAAGGAACGAUAGUCCGUGUCGCAAGCAAUCAGGGGGUCGCAAAAUCUACACUUUUUGAGCUGCGGGAAUUGAUGACGAUUCUGAAUGGCGUUGCUAGCGGUGAGUACACCGCAUCCGACAAAGAAUCGGAGGUCCUAGUGCGGAUCAUUAGCCUCGACAUUGUCAGAAUACGUUCCUACCUCAAAGAUAUCCACAGCGUCAGUGAUGAUGUGAGGGACAUCAUCGAGGGCUCUACUUCAGGACCGGCAUUUCUCCAAAUCGACUAUGUAAUAACCUUUCCAGAAUGGAUCGCGCACGUCUUCACGAUGCGAGACCUUCCUUCAGAGCCUACUCCCGAAAGUCUGGUCGAUCACAUUCGGUGGGCUUUGGAGGCUCGACGUACUUACCUAGCGUGUCUCCAAGCUUUAUUCCCAUCCGCGUUGCCCCGAUGGGUUUACGCAAUUUUCAAGCUCGGACGAUAUGCGAUUGCCUCCAUGGCUUUCCUCCACUUUACUUCUGAAUUUUCGACUCUAUUCAACCCUAUGCUUGUGGAACCUGUACAAGCCCCUUCAACAAUCCGACUCACAUGCUCGGGAAAAGAGAUGCCGUUAACGAGUGUCGUCCGAAGACUCACCAGCGGUCAAGAAGACCCAGAGGCCUAUUUCCGAGAUGUUUGCACUUUACACCUGCCUGUUCAUGCUGAGAUCCAGCUCCUGAAUUUCUACGACAGCAACCCUAAGAGAAGACCGUCCUUCCGCUUCAUCGGCGUCAGCAAGAAAUCAUGUUUUCUAUGCCAAUGGUUUCUCGCGAGGCAUCCUCUAUCAUUCAACGUGUCCUCAUGUCACCAGAAGCUUUAUCUCAACUGGAGACCUCCACCCGCAGCCGACAUAGCCGUCUAUAGACAAUAUAAGACCAUUGUGACUGACCUGAGUAAGGCUAUGGAAUCAGUGGUAAAACAGGAACUGCAAAAUCGUCUCGGUCUCCGCCGCCCUGUUCCCCCAGAUUCAACGGCUGGUGUAUCUGUCUCAGGUUUGAAGGACUUCAACAGAGCGUCAAAAGACGUGACCGCAGUCACGGAGUUGGUCACCACAUCAGCAAGGUCUGUGGCGAGGGGUGCAGCAUGUACGAUACCAUCGUUUCAGCCGAUCCCGGUGGUGAGACCCUCAUCUCCAGAUAAAGAAGAAAUGUCCUGGGUUCCUCAUAACAACUUUUCUGCCGGUGAUUCAUUCUCAACCACAGAGAUGGUGUUCCAUGUGAUGUAUGUGAACGAAGCCCUAAGACAAGACAUCAUCGCCAUCCGUGAUAUAAUGGAUCGCCAUUCCGGAGAACCGUCCUGGGCUAAGCUGGUCAAUCUUCUAAUGGAUGAUUCCGGAGUCGGUUUCCGAGACGGAGACUUUCUCAUGGUAAACGAUCGGAUUCGGGUUGGUAAUGAGAGGCAACUUCUUGCUUGCUUGCAGUACUUGCGAAAUGAGUCGGUGUUGAACUCGGAAGUGUACGUGUACAACUUAAGCACAGUAUCAGGCGCAGCACAGCAGAAGGAGCAAUCCGGGUAA